AUGUCAUCCACCGCUACGGUACCUGAGAAGGAUGCUGCUGUCAAAGGUCAUGCGCCUUCCACCUCCUCGUCGCCAGUGGUGCGUGGCCCUUUCGAAGACUUAUUGGACCUACAGAUCAAGACCGACCUCAAUGGCGAACAAGUCGGCGUUGCUGCUGAUGGUGCUGCUGACCCCGCUGGCAAGGAGGGUGAAAAAGAGGCCGCUGAAGGAGAGGCUGAAGAUGAUGCGGACGCGCAGGAGAACAAUGAUGCCUCGUCGGAUCAGGCUCCAGACGAUGAUGAAGAUGGUUACCUGAGCGACGACUCCGACGAACACCUGGAACCAGCUUCGCUCGGCAGCAUUAUCGCCUUGAAAAGAUUCUCACUGACCUUGCUGGUGCCGUUUAACAGGAAACCUGAAGUCAAGCGGACUGCUGUAACUGUGGCUGCCUCGCUGGAAGAAUGGAAGGACCAGCUGUCGCCAGAUGCGCUGCAGACAACAACUUACCAGGAACUUACGGCGACCUAUUUCUCUGGCGCACGCUAUGGUCGCCUUCAAGUUACCUUCAACCACGUCCGUGACGCAAACUUUGUUUGGAGCCAAGUCAUCAGGCACGAGUGCGCGAAUGGCGACAUUGUCGACUUUACCUGGCAGCACCCCGAAGAUGCGCGUUUCCUCCGCGAGCGCCUGCUGAAUCCGACGGCGAAGGAGGUUGUUGUCAAAGGAGUUCCCGCGGACAUGACUGCUGAGCUGAUUCGUCACCUGCUGGUGGUGUCGAAGCUGGUUAAACGCGGUCGGAGUGCUUUCGCCAGCGGAUUCGGUUUUCAUCGUACCGUCGAUCCGGUCACUGGGCUGGACACCGACCGUAUCCGCGGCCUGUUUAUCCCCCACGCUGAUGAUGAAUACCGUUGGAGAUACUUUGUGGAGGACCCGUCGACUGGCAGGCGCUACAUGCUGCACUACCCAUCGCUUACCUGCGAGCUCUGCAGCGGCCAGCACCUGUCCCGUUACCACGAUCACUAUGUCACCUCGAGGCAGGAGAAUUUCACCAACUGGAACCUGUCGGUCAAAAAGGUUCAUGACAUGAACGAACAUGCCUCCCGAAUCGUACUGACGACUGUCUCCUCACCUCCUCUCGCAGCGGCUUCCCUGAAAGCCACAGCGUCUCUGACACGCAUUCUGAAAGACCCCGCAGUCAUACUCACCUCUACAGGAGGUGUGCGGGAGGAGUGGGUGUGCGUACAGACUGUAUGCGAGAAGGCUCAAGGGAAUCGCUUCGAGCAGGCGGCGACUCAUGUCGCUUCUGCCAGGCACAAGGGAGGACUGAAGAAGGAAGGUGCUACAACACGCGCCAGCAAGAACUCUCAGAAAAUGGCUGCUUUCAUAAAAGAGUUCAUGAUCACGCCGGCAAAGAAGUGA